AACAGCCAUCGAAACAGAAGAGAAAAGAGAAGCUUGGCAUCUGCACUGUGCCGUGUGUAUUGCUUUGAGUUGCGAAUUGCCACCUCUCGAAUUCAUGAGCAUGACGGCAAAUAUGGGCAGCUGGGCCCAACUACGGCAGCAAGCACGAUCGCAGGAGACGCAGACCGAGUCUCUCUUCCAUACUUACGCGCAAUUUGCCUCCAAAACCGACCUGGACCCGCAGCCUAGCGAGGUUGAGCGGCGCACCGAAGAGCAGCUCAUUCAGCUAUUAGAGAAGCGUACUGCAACCCUCGCCUCCCUCCAGAGGAGCCUCGACUCAGAACCUACGCCGUCAGCUCUCAAAUCGACAAACUUGGCACGCCACCGCGAGAUUCUCUCCCAGCACCGAUCCGAAUUGUCGCGCCUCAAAUCGCAAAUCUCGCAGUCUCGCGAUCGCGCCAAUUUGCUUUCUAACGUUCGCAAAGACAUUUCCUCGUACCGGAAUGCGCAGAAUCCGGAAGCACAGGAGGCCGAGUACAUGCUACAGGAACGAAACCGGCUUGAUCGUUCCCACAAUGUGGCCGACAGUGUGCUCAGUCAGGCAUACGCCGUGAACGAGAGUUUCGGUCUGCAAAGAGAGAGCUUAGCCGGCAUCCAGAGGAGGAUCACUGGUGCAGCAGCACAGAUCCCUGGCAUCAACGGCUUGAUGCAGAGAAUUGGUAGCAAGAAGCGAAGAGACGGCAUUAUAUUGGGCUCCUUUAUCGCUAUCUGCUUCUUGGUGCUGUUAUGGUUCUGGUGAAUAGUCAUGGGAUACGACGAGAACUUCCGUUGCUCGGCAUCCUUAUGAUUUCUCCGGUGUAUCUGCGCACUUGCGCCUCGACACUCGUGCCUUUGGAACACUUACCACUCGCAAAAAUUGCGUGGACAGGAAGAGUCACUCCGACCAGACCGAGGGCGUGAUCAAAAUGGACGAGCUGAUUAUGCUUGAAUCCAUGCCACCACGUUUGUAUCUGCAACAGCAAGCCGAUCGACCCGACGAAGCCAGGCUCGGGUUCAAUGCCCUGCGCCUUCAGGUGAAAUCAACGCUGGCCUCCCCUCCGAGGAAUUGUUCUUCCGAGUGCUCCAAUCUUGGCCACCAGCCUACUAUAAUGUAUCGAUUGGAUACACUGGUGCGCACUCGUUGGACAUGGAUCGAACAUGUUGAGGGUGCGAAGAAGAGUCCCGGGUUCUCGGCAAACGUCAACCUUGGACGUGCUACGACAGCGGCACUGCACAAAGGGCUGGAAAUCUUUGCUCGGGUCGUUACUGAGUAGCAUGAUGUUGAUGAUCUCGCAUUGAAUUCCAUUGUUUACUGAAGCAACACACGUAGGAGACCACAGAGUCUCAAAGGAAGUCUAUAGUGGUAUAGUGGCAUAGUGGAAGCUAAAUUGAGUCUAUCAAAG